AUGGUUCAGAACAAAGCUCUCAUCUACGCCGCACAUCCCACGAGUCUACCUGAAGCAGGCAAGCAUAUCAAGAUUGAAUCCAGGGACUUCGACGAGAACCAGACACCUCCUUCAGGGGGAAUCACAAUCAAGGUCAACUAUGUCUCCUUCGAUCCUUAUCAGCGUGGACGCAUGAGGCCCGCAACCGUGAAGUCAUACGCUCCACCGUUCGAUCUUGGAAAACCCGUGACCAACUCAGCCGUUGCAACUGUGAUCAAGAGCGACAAUCAGAAGUUCAAGGACGGCCAAGUCAUCUAUGCUGGCCGAACGAAUACGGAGGAGUAUGUCGCGCUUAGCAAGGAGGAGGCGGAUGCUUGCGAUGUCUUGGACAACCAAUACAACCUCGAUCCGAAGCUUUUUGUUGGUGCCCUCGGCAUGCCAGGCUUGACAGCCUACUCCUCAUUCUACGCUAUUGGCAAGCCAAAGAAGGGCGAGACCAUCUUCAUCUCUGCUGCCUCAGGUGCCGUCGGUCAGAUCGUGGGACAGCUAGCGAAGCACGAGGGCCUGAAGGUCAUCGGAAGCGUUGGUGACGACUCCAAGCUCGACUUCAUCACAAAAGAGCUGGGUUUCGACGGAGGCUUCAACUACAAGAAGGAGAAGGCGGGCGAUGCCUUGGACAGACUCGCACCAGACGGUAUCGACAUCUACUAUGAAAACGUUGGUGGUGAGCAACUUGCAGCUGCCCUCACGGCCAUGAAGCCAUUCGGCCGCAUCGUGGCCUGUGGUAUGAUCUCGCAGUACAACAAGCCUCCCGAGGAACAAUACGGCGUGAAGAAUCUGAUGCAGGUGGUUGCCAAGCGCAUCAACAUGCGUGGCUUCAUCGUGUCCGACCCAGAUAUGGGACCCGUCUAUGCCAAGGAGCACCAGAAAAACGUACAGGCGUGGAUUCACAACGGCUCGUUCAAGGCUCGAAUGAGCACGACGAAGGGGAUUGAUAAUGCUGCCGAGGGUCUGCUAGGCUUGUUUGCGGGCAAGAACUUUGGCAAGGCGGUACUUGAGUUCAUUCCGAACUCCGCUCUCGAGAAUGCACGGGUCGCAAGCACCUUCCCGAAGCAGCAUAUCAAAAGCUCCCUCUCUCCACUCAUGACUAGACUCAUUGAUGCCCUACAAGCCAUCACAAUAAUGGACCGCAGACGAGCAUAUUGGCUUCCGACUUUCUUUUUUGCUGUUUUCGCCCUCGGCUCAUUAAUUUAUCUUCGAUAUCCUCAUAUAUCUACCGCAUUCGAGUACGAGUCGCAACAGGACAAGAAGGCCUUCAAGGCUCCCAAGCACAAUGUCUUUGCAGAACUCACCGAGCAGGAGGCCACUUCAGUCAAUGAUUUCAUCCUGGAGAAGUUCGAUCAUCUGAACCUCACCAAGCAUCCCAAGAGUGCCAGAGAUAAUUUUGUGUACAUUGUCGAGACUCUGAAACCCAACAAGACUGAUGUUGUGACCUUCCUCCAUGACGAUGCUCCGCCGCCGGAGCGGUGGGCCAAGGCGUCCAUCUCAGAGAACUUUCCUGACGGCCCGUACAUGGUCUACUAUAUGGUCGGCCCACUACCAGUCUCCGAAGAGACUCAAAUUCUACCACUAGAGUACACCUUCAACUCUGGCCGCAAUUAUAUCAAGAACCCUGUUCAGGACUAUGGCGCCAUCCUAGACUUCGCCCUCGAGAUGGCGGAGGAUGUAUCGGACAUUACGCAAGAACUACUCGGUGCUACAGUCAACCGUGCAAACCCCGACGACCCGGAAGGCCUACUUGCCUUUCCCCGAGGCUCUCGCGUCGAGACUGGAGGUAUGAUGUUGUGGAUGCAAUUCUACCGACCUGGAAUGGGGUCAGGUGCUCGGACGCUACUCCCGCAAGGUAUAUAUGUCAAGGUCGAUGCUACAAGCUUGAAUACUAGCGAGUGGACUGUCGGGCAGUUCUACUACAAUGGUGUGCUAUAUGACUCUGCAGCCGAGUUCAGGUCUGCGCUAGAUGAUCCGGACUUUCAGAGAACACCACCUAAUUUGGACGGAUCAUGGACCAACACUGAAGACUUUGGUGACUAUCCUGAUCGCGAUUUGCCUCCACCUGUCAGCGUACAGCCGUAUGGGCCACGAUACAAUCUCGAUAAAAAGGAGAACUACAUCUCGUGGUUCGGCUUCGAAUUUUACCUUACGACUGCUCAGGCGACCGGUGUAAGCCUCUUCGAUAUUCGCUUCAAGGGUGAACGUGUGAUGUACGAGCUUGGUCUGCAGGAAGCCAUGGCUCAUUAUGCUGGUGACGACCCAAUGCAAGGCGGGUUGGAGUUCAUGGACAGCUUCUUCGGCAUGGGAAACAACGCCUUCGAGCUUGUGCCUGGAUAUGAUUGUCCUGCCUAUGCAGAUUACCUGGAUGCUGAAUGGCAUCGGUCGUACCAAACGCAUACUAUGCCCAAUAGUAUUUGCAUUUUUGAAUUCACCGCCGACUACCUCCUGUCGCGACACACUGCACAGUACUCUGUCACGGCCUCUCGUAACACUUUCUUGACUGUGCGGUCCGUGUCUACCGUCGGCAACUACGACUACACGAUCGAAUACAUGUUCUUCAUGGACGGGACGAUCGAGGUCAAGGUGCGCGCCAGUGGCUUCAUCUUCUCUGCUUUCUACACGGCCAACAGCACGAAAAGUGAAGACGAGUACGGCCACAGGAUCCACGACGCUCUCAGCAGUAGCAUGCACGACCACGUCCUGAACUUCAAAGCCGAUCUCGACGUUGCUGGUCCGACCAACGAUAUGGUGAGGCUAGCCCUCGAGCCAAUGACGACAAGCUACGGCUGGGAUCAGCCUGAACAGCCGAAGCGGAAUACGAUGCAUUUGAAGGAGUACCCAGUCACGGAAGAGACUGGUCUCGACUGGCCGAAGAAUUCUGGCGAGUUCUACAUCGUCUACAGCUCGGAUGAGAAGAACGCUUGGGGCGAGCGGAAAGGCUAUAGAGUCACGUCCGGUACUGGUAUGGGCUCGACACCUCACCUCACCAUCCUCAACUCGACUACACUUGGUGAUAGUGCCCGCUGGGCUGAACACGACCUCUGGGUCCUGCAGCGAAAGGACAACGAGCCUCGGUCUGCUGAUCCGCUCAAUUACUUCGCCCCUCACGACCCUCUCAUCGACUUCACCAAAAUGGCUGACCAUGAGCGACUCGAGCGUGGCGCACCGGAUACCCCUUACGACGGAGAUCUAGUCGUCUACUUCAACCUCGGCGCUCAUCAUAUUCCACACAGUGGCGAUAUCCCCAAUACCCUCAUGCACACAUCCGCCAGCAGCGUAAUGUUCGUCCCACACAAUUUCGCCGACGCCGACCCCAGUCGACAAAGCGUACAAGGUGUACGACUACAGCUUAAGGGUCACGGUAAGAAGAGCGGGGGGUUUGCGGGCGAGUGGUCUGCUCCGUCGACUCCGAAUGGGGAUUUGAGGAGCAGGUCGCAGAAGGAUAAUAAGACCAAGGCAUAUUACUUUGGUGCUACGUAUGAGAAGAAGAUUGAAUUGCCGCUUGAGGCACUGGAGCCGGAUAUGGAGGGUUAUAUUAGUAGUGAGCAUGACAUCACUGAUCUGAGCUUCAACGGGUCGGCAGCUGGGGUGUGGCAUCGAGAGGAGGCUUUUGGUGGAUAG